AUGGAGAAACAUAAUGACCUCAACGGACAGGUAGCGGACACGCAACAGCGUCGCAGACCUAAGCGGCGCGUCCCGCCAGCGUGGCAGCCGCAGCCGCUUCCUGCAGCCAAUGAGACGCGGGGCGCGGGCGCCGGCUCUGUCAACAGCGCCCCUCCCCUGCGUCGGCACGCGGUCGCUCUGAUUGGGCGCGACAGCCGCGCUGCGGCCUCCCAUUGGCCGGAGCCGCCGCAGCCGCCGCCGCCGCUGCCGCCGCAACAGCAGCAGUCGCAGCCGCCGCCGAGGAGUUCCGAGGAGCCCGCCAGGCCGCGCGGGCUCUACAGCAUAGACCAGAUCCUGGGCACCGCCUCCGUGAAGGAAGACAACAACCAUCUGCACGAACAGUUCGACGAUACGGACUGUGGCCGCGCGGAGAGCGGCUCGACGACUUCCGGAGACCUGGACGCGGCAGAGGCGGACGCCGAGGAGGCCAAGCCCCGCAAGGUGCGCCGCUCCAGGACCACCUUCACCACGUUCCAGCUGCACCAGCUGGAGCGCGCCUUCGAGAAGACGCAGUAUCCGGACGUGUUCACCCGCGAGGAGCUCGCAAUGCGACUCGACCUCAGCGAGGCGCGCGUCCAGGUGUGGUUUCAGAACCGAAGAGCAAAAUGGCGCAAACGGGAGAAGGCGCUAGGCAGGGAAACUGCCGGCUUCCUACACGGCGAUCAGCCAGGUCUGGCUGACUUCGUGCCGUCGCCGCUGGGUCUGCCGCCUCUGCCUCCGGAUCCUUUCUGGCCGGGGGCGGCGCUGGGCUUCACCCCGAUGUUCGGGCUGGGUCUGCCAUGGGGGCCCGGCGGCAAGGCCGGCCACCCACCGCCGCCGCUGCAGGCGCUUCUGUCGCAGUACAUGCUGGCCGGAGGCGGUCUGCCGCUGGCCGCCGCCUUCCCGCUGCCGCCCCCGCUGCCGCACGCCGCGCAGCAGCACCAGCAGCCGCCCCCACAGCCGCAGGAGCGGCCGUCGCCCCCGCCGCCUCCACCGGCUCCGGAGCGCGCCGCCUCCCCGCAGCCGUGCGCGUCACCGGAGUCUCGCAAACACAGUAUAGAAGCACUGCGCAUGCGCGCCAAGGAGCACCAGGUGGCGCUGCAGCAGCGCCUCGCCGCCGUCGCCGCCGCAGCCGCCUCCGCGUCUUCGCCGCCCCCGCCGGCACCGCCGGGCGCCGCCUCCACCCCGCCGGUUCCCGCCAAGUCGUAG